AGAACCUCACUUCACCUGUCAGUACCAGCUGUAAUCCAGCAGAGGGCUGCACAGCUCUGACGAUGCAGAAGAAGAAGAAACGCAGCCAAAACAAAGGAGUUCGGAGCCGUUCCUAAGGAAAGGAUAGUUCGAGCAGGAGCAUCUAAAACAUACUGUGGUCUGGUCAUGGAGACUACUGUUACGAUGGAGGAGGAUACUGAUGUAGCCCUGGUGCACCAGAUCCAACCUUCUCCUGACAAAGAACCACCUAAAGCUACUUCCAGUCAGGCACGGCGCUGGCCUAUAGGAAGGAGAGGUCAAAGAGGAAAGAGGCGGGGCACUGUAGAGAAGAGGCGGGUUCAAAAGCAGAAAAGGCGGGGCCAGGAGAAGAAAGAGGGUGUGACGGUGAAGAGGACUUGGAGUGGCGGGAAGCGACGCUGGGAUAAGAAGCAUUACUGUGUGUUCUGCCGCAGACCGCAAGUGAAGAUCGCCCGCCACCUCCUCAGGAAGCAUGCCGACCAACAGGAAGUGUUGGCUGCCAGCUCCCUCCCCACUGGAUCAAAACAGCGCCACCUGCUGCUGGAACACCUCCGCUGCAGAGGGAACUACCUGCACAACAUUGAGGUGAUCCGCCAGGGACGCGGUGAGAUCAUCCCGUGGCGUCAGCCCUCAGAGGAGGUUGAUGCCAGGAACUACCUGCCCUGCCCUCUGUGCCUCGGCUUCUUCCUUAGAGCCGAUCUCUGGAAGCAUCAAGUGUCCUGUCGGAAGAAGCUCGCCUCUGGCCCAUCCACAGACCCCACCUUGUCAGCAGACAUCGCCGCUGAUGAGACAAACCCUACCUCAGAAUCCACAGGUGAACUUACCUUUGAUCCAGCUCAGAAAACCCCUGCUGAUCCUUCAGCAGAGGCCCCAAACCCAAACUCUGAACACGAGAACAACCAGGUCCUGAUCUCUGAACCCAGUCUGGAUCAGAACCAAAAUUCAACACAGACCCACCCUAAGAAGAGGACCAGAGUUCAGGCUGCAGCGUCUCGCCUGCUGCCGAUCUCCAGCGGCGCAUCAGAGAGUUGCAGUGAGAUUUUGCACCGCAUGAACCAGGACAACGUGUCCUAUGAGGUAAAGUCUGAUUGGCUGAUCUGUAAGUACGGCAACAAGCUGAUGGCGAACCAGGACGGCAGCCAGCGAAGCUACGAGUACGUCAGUCAGAAGCUCAGGGAGCUUGGACGCUUGCUGCUGGCAGCCAAGUCUCUGGACUCUAAGAUCCAGACCCUGCAGGACCUCCUGGCUCCAGGUCAGCUCAGCCUGGCUUUGUCUGCUGCAAGGAAGGUCGCAGGGUACAGGUGGAGCCGGCCCCCACUGUCAGUGAAGACCACGCUGAAGACUGUCUGUGAGAUUGCCAUUGGAGAGAGUCUGCAGGACGGAGACUGGGAGACUGCUGCCAAGACCACCGACUUCUACCACAUGCUGGGGAGGGAGUGGGACAACCUAGGCCUGCAGAACCCUACUCCAGAUCCAGCUGCAACAGAAGGAGGAAACAAACCCAAGAAACGUACGAAGCAGCCCAGAACUGACAAGGACCUGAAAUCAGAUUUUCUGUCUAGGUUUGGAAACAAACCCGAGGUCCCAUUUAUUCCUCCCGAGUCCAGACCACCGAGCCUUGUCCCAGUUCCGGUCUCUCCCAGGAAGGUUCGUCGUCGACCCUGGUCCUCUGCAGAGAAGGAGGCCAUCUGGAGGCAACUGGGAGUUCAUGUUCUGCUUCAGACAGUACCAGGCAAGGAGGUCUGUCAGCGUUGUCUGGACCUGGAACCUGUCCUCAAAGGUAGACACUGGAAAGACAUCAAGAACCAAGUCCACAACCAGAUCCAGAGCCAGAAGAAGCAGCAGUUCCAUGCACAGAUAGACCAGGAGGAAAAUCAACAACACCAAACUCAGAACCAAAAAAAGCAGCCCCCUCAGCCUCAACUGGAUCAGCAGAACAAACACCCUGCUCAGAAUCAGCAGAAACAACCACAUCAGUCCCAGAUGGAACAGAACGAUCAGAACAACUCUCAGUACCAGAAGACACCACAGUACCAGAUCCAGAUGAACCAACAGGCCCAGGAUAGCAGUCCAAACCAGAAGAAGCAGCUGGACCAGCAGAACCAGGUCUACCCUCAUAAGAAACAGCUCUUUCAUAUCAGACUAGACCACCAGGACCCCUGUGAGGUCCACAAGAAACAGCUGUAUGAAAUAAACCAUCAAAACCACCAGCUGCAGGCAGGGGACACAUCUAUGUUGCCGGUCCAACCUUAUGAACCUGACAGAACACUUCGAGCUCAUGGACAUUCCCUAUUGGACCGGGUACCUCCUAUCCCUCCGUACCCAGUCCUACACCGGGCCCCAGGGCCCCACAUAGAACCACUGCUGACCAGGGCUGACUGGACUGAUGAGGCUUUGGUUCAGAACUACCAGAUAAACAGGCCGAUGGGCCGGAACCUCCUCCAAGAAGUUGCACCAGGAGGGCCACCACCAGAUCAACACUCUGGACACGUCCGCUUCUGAUGGACAGGUCCUGUUUGGAUUGAGGGAUCCGGUUCUAAAGAAACCACAUCUGUCCUGGCGUAUUUAGAGCAUAGCUCUCUGACUGUUUCAGAGUAAGAACCAAACAGAACCAUAUAAACUGCCUUAAAGCUGCAGUAGGGAGUUCUGAGAGAACCGUGGACUUAGCCUGAUUGUUUGACCAAGCACACCUUACAGGUCCCCCCACCUUGCUCUCUGCUGUGCUACACAGCGGAGCCUGCCACGAACGCGCUGGGCCACCGAUGGUGGCGGAUAAACAGCUAUAUCGCAUUCACUGGUAGGGAUGAAACAUCAACGAUAUACUUUGAAUUUGACUAUGGCCUGCCUCUACUUUGACUACAAAUGUAGUCCUCAAGUCAUUAGCACAGCUGCAGCACACUGGCAAUCUUGAACAUUCUGUGUGGGGGAGGGGUGUGAGCAGCUCGUACACAAGUGUGAUUGACACUACUAAGACAUUCUCCCUGGCUCUGAUUGGUUGUUUCUGACCAGGAGCGGUGUUGUUUUCUGCAAAUAGCUGUAGGACCACUGGGAGGAGCCAGAGGAGCUUUAUUUUUUCACAGAUCAUCUGUCUCAUAUUCUACUGUCAGGACAUAGUGACAGUUUAAACAUGUAAUAUGUAAGAAGUACAUUUUUUCAAAAGUCACCUACUGCAGCUUUAAAUGAUGAAGACGGGAAGUUCCUGGUUUUCUGUUUAAAGCCGGUUUUUGUGUUUGUCAUGGACCCUACCAACCUGUAACUUCAGUUCUGUCCGGUUCUGCUCUGGUUUCUUUGGUUUGUAGACAGUAUUUGAACCUGCAGGAAAAGCUGAUCCAGAUUUACAUCACUAGAUCUAACAACAUGCUACAAUCAGAGGUGUGUUGUCUCUUCAGGCAGCAGAUCUAUACUAGAACUCAUACAUACAGGUUUUCUUGUAUUCCUGGUUCCUUCUGGAUCUGUCCUAGCUGUUUGGCAUGUUCAAGCUUUUUCAACUAAACAGAUCCAAGGUUCUUCUGGGCUCCUUGUUCCUCCUGGAUCUGUUUAUGGUGUUUGACCCAAAACAGACCUGGAUUUCUCCUGGGUUCUGGAUUGGUUCCAGCUUUUUCAGCUAAGGAGAUCCAGGGUAAUCCUGCUUCCUCUUACAUCGAUUCCAGCAGUUUGACCCGAACAGAUCCAGGGUUCUCCUGGCUCCUUGACCAAGCUGAUAGUUGGGAUUGGUUUAAGCAGAUGAGUUUGUUCUCUGGUCCUCUCAGAUCCCUUUAUGACGAUGUUCUGGUUGUGUGAGCCUGUUUCCUGCUGCUGGUACCAGGAGAGGUUUCUUCUGGUGAUCAAGCAUCGCAUUUCUGAAAUAAAGUUGUUCCUGAAGUUCUCCAACAGUAGGACCCAUCUGUUUCUUCAUCAGGUCGUCUCAGGUUGUCCUUGCUCUCUCUUGUUUCAACAGCAAUAGCACCUUCUACAUUGGAAAGGUUUUCCUGGGUCGGGAGAUCUUUGAUCUGGGAUGGAGAUGUUCCUCUAGACCUCAAAGGUUCUGUUCCAGGCUCUGCUCCUAGUUCGACCCACUUCUGCAUCCCUCUGAUGUUUCUGGAUGAAGAACACCUUUGAGGUUUCUAAAGAUGGCUGCAAAGAGCAGUGGUGGUUUGUUAGGCUCCACCGCUGCGCUUUCAUUGCUUGUUUUUGUACUAGCUUGUUAAGCUAAUUCUGGCUGGAGUUAUACUGUAUUGCUCCUAUGGGAAAGAAAUCAUCAACUGGAUAAAUAAUCCAGGAAUUUCAACUACAGACCGUAGCAAAGAAAGCAAAGGGAACACCUGCACAAGGCCAGUAUGUUUGCAGCUUCUCCAGUUUUUUAUGGAUUAUCAUUUUAAACUUCUGCCUUGUUUUACACAAGAAAACGAGCAACAAAACAAUGGUCAAAGGGAAGAAACAGGCAAAGUAGCUGAAGACAAGGUAUGUCUUUGGUUACUUUGUGGUUGGAUUCUUGGUUUUCCACUUGGACAAUACCUGGCUGUGACAGUAGUGAAACAACAAGUAGUCUCUUCACCAAUGAUUGUAAUACCAACCCUAAACUUUUAUGGUCAUGGAAAUCAUGUUGUUUAUUUAACCUGCUGGCAGUACAAUCAGGCACAUCAAGCUACGAGCAAGAAUAAAGAAGAUACUAAAAGUUGAGAGAAAGUAUGGUCAUUGCUCCUGCUUUUGCUCCUGUGGUGGUGACCUACAGCUAAAUCCUGGUCCUUCAAGUGAUGACAGUUUAGAUUUGUCUGCUGGUAUGCAGACAACAGUGUCUACAGCACCUACCAGUGGCCACAAAUAGUGACUUGAUUUAAAUCAGAGACAUUUUUAAAUGUUUUGCCAAUGAAUUGGAUACCUGCAGUUUAGAUUUGUCUGUUUUUAAAUGUUUUAUCACCUCUGAUGAAAUUUAACAAAAUUGUUUUAAUAGGGCUGCACAGUUGGUAGCGUUGUUGCCUUGCAGCAAGAAGGUCUCCCGGCCUGGGGUCUUCCUGCAUGUCGUUUGCAUGUUCUCCUUGUGCAUGCACGGGUUCUCUCUGGGUACUCUGGUUUCCUCCUAAAGUCCCAAAGUUAACCGGUCUCUCUAAAUUGCCCUUAGGCAUGGAUGGGUGUGUGCAUGGUUGGUUGUCCUGUGUGUCUCUGUGUUGCUCUGUGAUGGACUGGCGACCUGUCCACGGUACACCCCACCUCUCCCCCAUAGACUGCUACAGAUAAGCACCAGCUCCCCUGGGAGAAUCUAUAACAAAUUGAAAAUGUAAAUCAGUGUUGUGAUUUUCUAGUCCAGAGGUUUACAUGUUCAUUUAAAAUAAAAGGAAGACAGCUAAUUUACCUUGGAUAAACAAUGAUACUUAUCAACAUAUGAAAAAGAGGGAUUUGGCAUUAAAAAAACCUUUCCAGACAAAAUUAUACACAGCUGUGCUUGUCUUCAAAGGAUUCACAAAUAAAGUGGCCGGUGAACUGAGGGAAGUCUUCUUAUUUUUUGCAGCUGUUUGCUGAAUUAAGGGGCAACAGGUCACUAUUUUGGAAACACAUGAAUAAGCUAACCAAUAGGAAAUCUAAUCAAAGUAAAUCUAUAACUAAAUAAACUAAAUAUAAAUGGAAAUGUUAGUACUGAUGAUAUGGAAAUUGCAAACAAAUUACAUUUUUUUUAAUGUUAAUUCAGUGGAUGAGUUUGCAGCAAACGUUAACCUCUGCUCUGUUUCAUCCUUUUACAUCAUGCAGGUGGAUCAAAAUAAGAUCAAUACAAUUGUCAACCAGCUAAACAAUUCAAAAGCUAAAGAUAUAAUUGACUUAGAAAUGAUGCUAAGUGAAAUGCAUAAAGCAACACUGAGAAGACCAAUAACAUAUUUAGCCAUUCUGUCUUUUAAAGAUUGUAAAUCUCUUUUUAAAACAGCUAUUGUGACCUCCACAUGAUGCAUGCAAUUAUCGACCCAUUUCAAUUAUACUAGUAAUCUCAAAAGUCGUUGAAAAGCAAGUGGCUAAACAAUUGAUGUUUGGACAAAAACCCCGUUCUGAAUACUCAACGGAAAUGACCAUAUGUCACUUUACAGAAGCCAAGAAAGGUAGUAUGGAUCAUAGUAAAGAUGUUGGAGCAGUGUUAUUAUGCCAACGCAGCUCCACUCUACUUGACAUGGAACCAGUUGUAUUUCUAUUGACUGACUGGAAGAUGGAGUUCUGGCUUGAAGCCCCGCCUCCAGUCAUCAGUGUAGUGUGCUGUGCCGCUGUUAACAUUGUUGUGUGACAUUGUCACAUUAAAGUAAAUUAAAAAUAAAAGCAUAAAUAAAUAAAAUACAAAUAACAUUUGUAUUAUUGUA